GCUGGUGCCACAGUGGAGUAGCACCGAGUAGGACGGACGGACGGGCGGACUUUUACCCUUUCACCGUCCGCGGAACUAUCUCUCCUGCCAGCUCGCCUUGUCGGACCCGUAUCUGAAGAUGGCUGAUCUCAAGGCUAAAUUCGAUGCCGCAGCAGAAGAGGUGAAGCAGCUGAAGGCGAAGCCUGCAGAUGAAGAGAUGCUGCAGGUCUACUCGCUGUACAAGCAGGCCACCGUCGGUGAUGUCAACACAGCUCGUCCGGGGAUGUUUGACUUCACUGGGAAAGCCAAAUGGGAUGCCUGGGAGAAGCAGAAAGGCAAGAGCCAGGACGACGCCAUGAACGAGUACAUCACCCUGGUGGAGCAGCUGAAGCAGAAGUACGGAGUCUAACGUCACAUUAGAGCCGCAGACUGACCAGGGCCCAACUGCUGGACGGACAGAGUUCUGGCUGGGACCACCACCACCACCACCACCAGCCGGCCCUCAUCCUGACACUGAGAAACGCCUUAAAACCCCCCCAACAAUGUGUCCUUACACGACAAAUAUGAACGCCUGCUGGACUGCUACACCAGUGGUCUCCAUGAGAUUAAAGCUGGGCUGAAGAACCACUGACGGACGAAUAGAAACUGUCCUCCACCAGCGGACCACCUCAUAUUUCAGUUUCCAACCAUGUGUAUCUGCACAGAGUCCUGUCAUUUCAAUAUAAAAUCCCUCUUCUCUA